GAUCCAACAACAGUAAAAUCAGUCUGUAUAUGCAGUAAAGCAUGUUUGUUAUACUCACUGUGGAACCUAAGGGGGAUUAAUCCUCUGCAUUGUGUAAAAAGGCUGUUUGAUCCUGUCUUCUCUGAUCCUCCCCUUCUUCUAUUGUCCACAUUUCAUCUGCUGGUAGUACGGAGCUCCAGGAGUCACUCUGCACAUGCUCCGUUUAGUGUGUAUUGUUAGAGAGUUAUUAUUUUCUUUGGGAGGGUGCAUGUGAUCAGCACAGGGCCAUUCAACACUGUCCAGCCAGAGGGUCAGAGGUCAUGCAACC